CUGAACGGUUUUGCGUUUGUUUUUGUUCCCUGAAUCCCUAACUUUCCGAAAGUCCUCAAACUACCAAAAAAAAAUAAAUAAAUAGAAAAACGUCUAUUGGUUCCUAUAAAAUAUUAAGGCUCAUAAUAGCCAUUAACCGAAAGAAUAGUUUUUCGGGUGAUUUUUGCGGAUUUUCCGGAGUUACGAAAAGACUUUUGGGACACUUUUUGGCCAGUUUUAGAAAGUUUAUUUUUGGCGGCCGCAAAUAAUUUCUGUCGCCGCGACUAGUCUGAAGUGCAAUCGAACAAAAUACACUACUGCACCCAUCCACCAUCACCCCGAAAUCCCCUAGCCAACCAAAAAAAUAAAUAAAAAAAUAACCAUGGACCUGGACAAGCAUAUAAACGAUGAACCAAAUGUUACACUCACUAUCAGACUGAUUAUGCAAGGAAAGGAAGUUGGAAGUAUUAUUGGCAAAAAAGGCGAAAUCGUCAAACGUUUCAGAGAAGAAUCUGGGGCCAAAAUAAAUAUUUCAGAUGGAUCUUGUCCCGAAAGGAUCGUUACAGUAACAGGAGCCCAGAGUGCCAUCUUCAAAGCUUUCACAUUAAUAUGCAAAAAGUUCGAAGAGUGGUGUUCGCAGUUCCAGGACAAUUCCAAUAGUGCCAGCAAUGUUCCUAGACCUCCCAUCACACUGAGAUUAAUUGUGCCGGCUAGUCAGUGCGGUUCGUUAAUCGGCAAGGGUGGUUCAAAAAUCAAGGAAAUACGCGAAAUGUCCGGAGCCUCGAUUCAAGUCGCUAGUGAAAUGUUGCCCAACUCCACAGAAAGAGCUGUAACCAUAUCAGGAACGGGAGAAUCUAUUACACAGUGUAUUCAUCACAUUUGUACAGUUAUGCUCGAGUCCCCCCCUAAAGGUGCCACCAUCCCCUACCGACCUAAACCCCAAGUCAACGGUCCUGUGAUCCUGGCUGGCGGACAAGCAUACACAAUCCAAGGCCAAUACGCCGUGCCCGCGCACGCUGCUGACGUGGCGAAUCUUACCAAAAAUCCCUUGGCAGGUUUGGCUGCUCUUGGCUUGGGUGGUUUGGCACCCUCUAAUACUGGUGGACUUAAUCCUGCAGCUCUGGCUGCAUUGGCUGGUUCGCAACUGCGCACCACAAACUCGCGCAGCAACCAGAACACCAACCAACAAACAACAGAAAUGACAGUUCCGAACGAACUGAUUGGCUGCGUGAUCGGCAAAGGAGGCACCAAAAUAGCGGAAAUCCGACAAAUUUCCGGCGCCAUGAUCCGCAUAUCGAAUUGCGACGAUCGCGAGACGGGAUCGCCGCAGGACCGUACCAUUACUAUUACUGGAACACCCGAUGCAGUCGCCUUGGCUCAGUAUCUCAUCAAUAUGAGCGUCGAGCUCCAGAAGGCCAACCUCGAAUCCCAAGGCUCUCCCAAUGCAAACGCCAGCUCCAAUUCCAGCACCACAACAUCCACCAACGUAGCCUCGUCCUCAUUGGCCAGCGCUAUCCCGUUGGCUCAGCUAUUGGCCAAACCUGGAGCGCUGAACGCUCUAAGCAGCCUCAGUGCUUUAGGUGGGCUCACUGAGUUGUUGGGGGCCCAAACAGGGGGCACCUCUAACGCUCCAGUUCAAACUACUGGCGUACAUCGUUCGCACAAGUCGUCAUCGUCUUACGGUGGUCGCUCGCAAGAGGGCAGUAGCAGCACUAAAGUGAAGAGCGAAAGGAAUAAGUUUAAUCCUUAUUAGGUUAGAUGAUGGAUUAGGUUUAGGGCGCAAUUUCUUUUGGAAAUGUUUUGUUUUUUUACUCGAGUUGACUUUAUAUUUUUGAUUAUGAAAGCGAAAAUUUUGAUCAAUGCAUUUGGGGCCAUUAGAUUAUUUAGUGCUUAUAAUAGUUGGGCUAAGUAGUAGGUUUUAUGUAGUAAGCACGUCAAACACUAGUGUUUGUGCGUUUUUAGGAUGAUCCAUAAACUUAGCAAUAGUGCAAAGGUGGAUUUCAUGCAUCUCAAAGGACAAAAAUACAUUUUUGAUUGAAUUAAUGUCUGCACAAAAUUGCUAAACAAAAAUAUUAUGUGAAUAUGUGAACCACUUUGGCUUUUCGCGUUCUUCCUUUAUUUGUAAAACUUUGCUUUUUUUUAGCAUCCGAUUUUAAGGAAGUUUGUGACUUAUCAAAAACGUUUUUUUGCUGGAAGAACGUGUUUUUCAUGAUUUAUAAAUGUUAUUGGUGAAAUGUGGAACUUUUCUCAUCAUCCUUGCGCGCGUAUUGUAUUUCUCCGGAGAAAUCUUCUACCUUGUUGAAUCAACUUUUGAUUCAAAGAGAACUUUGAACUCGGAAGAAACGUUUUCCUCCUCAAAAAGAACUUUUUUCCAUGAAGAAACUUUUUUCCAUCGCUACCUACAUCAUUGGAAACGUUUUCCAUUGAAGAAAUGCUGUCUUCAUUAGCACGUUGUUCUUGGGAAUCUUUUCCUUUUGAAGAAACGUUUUCUUCAUGAACACAUUGUUCUGGGGAAUCUUUUCCUUUUGAAGAAACCUUUUCUUCUUGAAAACAGUCCUUAGGAGUCGUUUCCCUGUGAAGAUAUUUUGUCUUCAUGAACACGACCAUAGGAAACGUGUUCCACAUCCUCCGAUUCGGAAUUUUCUGUAUCAGUGUCCAGUCUAAUAUUAAAUGGCUUCAAACGAUGUACAGCACAUAUUCCUUUGUAUUUCUUUUGACAUCUCUUUGAACCGGGCAAAUCUUCUAUCACAUAUCGAUCUCUCCCUAAAUCAGCUGUGACAAUGUAAUUUCCAUCAUACUUUGCUAAUAGCUUUCUACUCUGCCCUUCAUUUGAUGCCACAUUUUGUCUCAUCAUUACUUGUCCAAUUUCAUAUUUGCGGUUCUUCAAUCUCUUUGCAUCAUAUGUUUCUUUUUGUUUUGCUUGAUCUUGAUCAAUAUCAGCUAUCACUUGAACCCUCCGUUUCUCUAAUGGCUGGUAUUAUAAAACACUGUCGGAAUAAAGAUGUCAUCAAUGUAGGCCAGUGCUGUAUUAAAUCUCAAGGAUCUAAAAACAUAGGUUAAUACUUCGCUGAAAUACGGCUGGAGCAUUUGCUAAUCCAAAUGGCAUUCGUGUAUACUCAUAAUGCCCAUCCGGCAUAAUGAAUGCUGCUUUUGCUCUAAACUCUGCAGCCAUUGGUUAUGUGACUACUUUAAGCUGGAUUCCUAGAAGGUAAACACGAAGUCCCCAUGUCGAUGCAUCUGUCUCUAAAUUAGGAUCAUAAAUAGCUAAAAUUGGUCGAGUACACAAUAUCUGUUUCAGCUGUCGCAGAGAAUCUUCUUGAUCUUUAUUCCAACUAAAUGUUUCGGUCUUUUCAGUAAAUGUGGUUGAUGGUCUUCUUGACGAAUUUCCGAAAAUAACUGGCAACUCCUAAAAACUGCCUCACCUCAUGGACAUUUUUAGGAACUAAAAACUUCUCUACUGCAGUUAUUUUCGAUUUUCCUGGUCUGACACCCUCUGCCGAUAUCUCAUGUCCCAAUUAAUCAAUGGCUUGUCGAAAAAAAUAUUAUUUAGUCAUGCGUAAGGCAAGUCCAGCGUUACUAAAUACUUUCAAGAUUUCUGAUAAAGCUUUGUAUCCGUCGUCAAAGUCAACUGCCAGUGCUGUAUUAAAUCUCAAGAAUCCAAAAACUACAUAGGUUAAUAUUUCGCUGGAAUACAGCUGGAGCAUUUGCUAAUCCAAAUGGCAUUCGUGUAUACUCAUAAUGCCCAUCCGGCGUAAUGAAUGCUGCUUUUGCUCUAAACUCUGCAGCCAUUGGUUAUGUGACUACUUUAAGCUGGAUUCCUAGAAGGUAAACACGAAAUCGCUGCAUGCAAUUAACGACGGCUAAUGUCUCUAACUCGUAGGAGUGGUACCGCUGCUCUUCCUUGCUUGUUUGUCGACUAUAGUACAACACAGGCUUCAAUUUGCCUUCUUGUUGUUUCUGUAACAAUAUGCCUCCUAGUCCCCAUUUCGAUGCAUCUGUCUCUAAAUUAGGAUCAUAAAUAACUAAAAUUGGUCGUACACAAUAUCUGUUUGAGCUGUCGCAGAGAAUCUUCUUGAUCUUUAUUCCAACUAAAUAUUUCGGUCUUUUCAGUAAAUGUGGUUGAUGGUCUUCUUAACGAAUUUCCGAAAAUAACUAGCAACUCCUAAAAACUGCCUGACCUCAUGGACAUUUUUAGGAACUAAAAACUUCUCUACUGUAGUUAUUUUCGAUUUUCCUGGUCUGACACCCUCUGCCGAUAUCUCAUGUACCAAAUAAACAAUGGCUUGUCGAAAAAAAUAUUAUUUAGUCAUGCGUAAGUCCAGCGUUAUUAAAUACUUUAAAGAUUUCUGAUAAAGCUGUGUAUCCGUCAUCAAUGUCAACUGCCGGAAUCAAGAUGUCAUCCAUGUAGGCCAGUGCUACAUGAAAUCUCAAAGAUCCAAAAAUUAGGUUAAUACUUCGCUGAAAUACAGCUGGUGCAUUUGCUAAUCCAAAUGGCAUUCGUGUAUACUCAUAAUGCCCAUCCGGCGUAAUGGAUGCUGUUUUUGCUCUAGGCUCUGCGGCCAUUGGUAUUUAGUGGUAGCCUGAUAUCAUAUCAAGUGAGGUUAAGUGCUUGCUUCCCCUUAAAGGUUCAAGAUGAUCAUCUAUUCUUGGUAGCGGAAAUCUCGAUUUUUAAAACAGUCCGGAUCCUUAUUCCAACUAAAUGUUUAGGUCUUUUUAAUAAAUGUGGUUGAUGGUCUCCUUGACGAAUUUCCGAAAAUAACUGGCAAGUGCUAAAAACUGUCUCACCUUAUGGGCAUUUUUAGGAACUAAAAACUUUUACUGCAGUUAUUUUCGAUUUUCCUAGUUUGACACCCUCUGCCGAUAUCUCAUAUCCCAAAUAAUCAAUGGCUUGUCGAAAAAAAUAACAUUUAGUCAUGCGUGAGGUAAGUCCAGCGUUAUUAAAUACUUUUAAGAUUUCUGAUAGAGCUUUGAUCUUUCUGAUGCUUUCCUUUAAAUUGAAAUCAGUGAAGAAUCAAGAAAAUAUUUAACAUUAAACACUCAUCAUGGAUUGUUUCAAUAUAAUAGAAUGUCAUUUGGAGUAAAAGUUGCCCCAGCCAUUUUUCAGCAAGUUAUGGAUACGAUGUUAUCAGGUCUAUAUGGAUGACAUUUCACGGGUCAAUUAUGUGCACAUCUGUAAGCAAAUUUAUAAAUUUCUAUAAGCCUAUAGACACUGCAAAACGCAUAGAUUGCCAAACACGCCGUCGGAAAUAUUUACGAUCCUAUUAUUCUGUAAUCUACAGGAAGUGCAGAAUUACAAAUUGUAUUUAAGAAGCUAUAGGCUUAUAAAAAUUUAUAGAAUUGCUUACAGAUCUGCACAGAAUUGACCCAUAAGCUUUGUAUCCGUCGUCAAAGUCACCUUCCAGAAACAAGAUGUCAUCUAUGUAGGUCAGUGCUGUAUUAAAUCUCAAGGAUCCAAAAACUAGGUUAAUACUUCGCUGAAAUACAGCUGGAGCAUUUGCUAAUCCAAAUGGCAUUCGUGUAUACUUAUAAUGCCCAUCCGGCGUAAUGAAUGCUGUUUUUGCUCUAGACUUUGCAGCCAUUGGUAUUUGGUGGUAGCCUGAUACCAUAUCAAGUGACGUUAAGUGCUUGCUUUCCCUUAAACGUUCAAGAUGAUCAUCUAUUCUUGGUAGCGGAAAUCUUGAUUUUUAAGACAGUCCGCCUCAGCAUGACCUAAACAUUUAUAUUUUUUGCACUCAAGUCGUAGUUUUCUGCAAUGUUUUGAUAUGUGGCGAUAAGAAUCGCAACUGAAGCAGUUUAAUUUCAUGUUCAAAAAUUUUGUACCGCCAUAUCUAUCCUUUGAGAGUUUAUAAUUUUGACCAGCAUGUUUGUGUGUACCAAACUUUUGUUUAUCUUGGGCACAUGGACCUUCUGAUGACUGUGACUGACUUAUGACAGUUCUCUGAUAAUAUGAUAAGGAAGCAACAUAAUCCAGUGGCGGAGCAAGUCGUUGCGUCUUACAUAACUUUUCUUGGGAAUGUAAAAAAAAAAUUAUAUUGUAAUCAACCAAUUGUGUUUAUUUGUAUAUCAGAUGCAUAGAAAUCCACCUUGUACUAAAUUUGUAUUAAGUUUAAAACUUGCACUAAUAAGUCUGCAAUGAUGCCAUUUCUCUCAAAUUUUAGAGAAGUACUAGGAAACCUGAUUAAGCUUUACACUAAUUUUUACUCGUGGAACGAUAUAUGUAUUAGGGUAAAUUUCUUAUCUUAUUUCACUACCUAUUUGGAUUGGUAAUGUAUAGGUUGAAACUUAUACUAUAAGUAUAGGGUGUAGGACAUUAUUUGUUUUUCUUCAAUAUGCCAAAGAAAAUCUAAAAUUUUUUGACUGAAUUACAAUUUGUAUAUAAAUUACUUUGAACCUACGAUUAUCUUGCAUCAAAAAUAUAAAGUCAUUGAGGCGUAUUCCAUUAUUAUUAGUUAUUGGACCUUAUUUAUGUACUACGUAAGCGUGUUUUACUAAGCUAAGGCGCAAAGAAAAUUUCUUCAGGUAAUUGUUUUUGGAACGCAAUUUUUUUUUAUUUGAUAAAUAUGUAAGAAUAAAAUUUAUGUUCUCAUCACAAAAGUACCCCAAAAACUGUAUUAUUGGUUAAAGUAAAAAAAUCACACAGCACUUUCGUGUAUAUAAAUUUCAUAGUAGGCACUUAAGCAUUAAGUAAGAGUACAGGGUACAAAUAAAAAUCACAUAGUGUAGAUUUAGAAUAUUUUUCACGCUCUGUAUUUGAUAAAUAAUAUUAGAACCAAUCAUACAGUUGAUAGAGAAUUGGGCUUUGAUGUUUACUAAUCUGCAAGUUAAGUAAGUCUCAACUCAAUGUUUUGAAAAGAUUUUUCUGACUUAUAUUAUAAUAUGUAUUUUGAAGAUUUACAUAAAUUUACAUAGUUCAUUUUUAUAUUAUAUAGUGAGGUGUGUUAUUUGACAAUACAUAUCACACAUUAAUUGGGCUUUUCUACAGAGCAUAAAUAUUCAGCUUAAUGUAUUUGUUAGAAUUAUUUUUACGUUUUAUUUUUUUCUACGAUAGUUAUUCUGUAAUCCCUUAUAUAUUAAUAUUAACUUUACAUAAUACAUUAUAAUGUAAAAAUAAUAAUGCAUUUUAUUUCAA